AAUUGGAAAUUUGUUGAAGAACUUUUGAAAAGGUCAACAGAUGUUCAGACUGGAAUCCUAGAGGACCAGCUUCGAAUGUAUUUGCAGUGCUGCUUGUCAUUAUGUCACCUUUGGGAGGCAAACCUUACUGCUGCUACCAUUCUGUGGGACUAUUACAGUAAAAACUUGAACAGUCUUUUUAAUAUCUCCUGGCUUGGAUUAAAAUCUCUGGCGAAUGUCCGUAAAAACCCCCUUUUCAAUGCUGGAAAUAGUGAAAAGCUGCUGUGCUGAUGAACACAGUCCCGACCUAUACAAGUCUGAUAACAGCUACCUCAUUUUCCUACGGAUCAUAGCACGCCUGAUGAAAAAAGCUAAGCAAAGCAGUGGGAUACAUCCAUGGAAGCAAAUAAAGGGAAGAAUCUAUUCCAAAUUUCACCAAAAGAAGAU